UAUGCCAAAUAUUCUAUAUACUACCAAACUUUCCGCUCUCUAUGUAUAAAACCCAAAUGUAAAAAAUCGUGGCAACUUAUUCCAUUCUUACCAUCUCCAUUGAAGAUCUCUUCUCCUCUUUCUCCAUCUCCAUAGUUAGGAUAAUCUGCACAAUUAUCAAUGACAAAAUCUAUUAUUUUGCAAAGUUCUACAGGUAUCAACCAUGCCUGCAGGUCUUGUUAUAGGUCACAUAAUCUUUCUUUAUACCCUAGUUUUAGCUUGAAAGUCUUGAAAUUAUACAAGGAUCUAAGCAGCUUUGGAGGUCAGCAUGAUAGCUUGUCAUUUCUCGGAUCCGGAAAAGGACUUUUAACUAGUGACAAAAUUAAGAGGAAGUUUGUGGUGAGCAGUAAUGGUCAACCAGGAGGUCCCUUGCCUUCUCCGCCUCCUUCAAAUCCCUUUAAUGGCUGGCUUAUAGGAAUUCUGCUAUCAAUAAUUUUACCCUUCUUCCGCAACAAAUGGGGGUCACUAUUGCAACUUAAAAAUAAGGUGGAAGAUGUAAUAGAAACAGUAGAAGAAGUAGUAGAGGAGGUGGAGAAUGUGGCUGAGGAAGUAGACAAAGUGGCUGAAGAAAUUGGGAAAGAUUUGCCAGAAGGCCAACUCAAAGAUACUCUCAAAGCUGUGGAAAAUUUCUCAGAAGAAACAGCCAAGUUUGCUCAUGCAGCUGGAGAUAUUAUUGAUAAGGUACAAGACGUGGAGCUUAUAGCUGAGAAGAGAGUGAAGUCGUCGGUCGAAUCCGUCACAGAUGAAGUCAAUAAGUCUACAAUAUCUAAAAUAGAUAUAAACUCGAAGAAAUAACUCAAUUAAAAUAUAGGAUAAUCUGCGACCAAAUCCUUGUGUAAGUAACUCCAUAUAUUCCCAUGUACUUCAUGAUCACAUUAAGAUUUAUUUUGCUUUGUUUAUGUUCCAUCAA